AAUACAGUUCUUCGCCCUAAGACCAUUCUCAGCAAGGUUAGGGCUGAAAUGGCCAAGCCAUCAUUCAUGUUUAGAGAGAAGGGCAGAAAUAAUCACCUAAAAGUCAUAGACGUCACGAAAAAAGUUAAUUGUACCAGCAUUAGCGUCAAGCUUGCCUUGAAGAGCAUCCAAGAAAAGUACAGAAAUAAACCUAUGAAGUUAUAACUCUGAGUUCCUCUCAAAAGCCAAAACCUAAAUAGCAGUAUUUUCUUGCAUCCAAACAAAAAUGCAGGCCAUUCAGGUACCAGUGCUCAGCCCUCUAAAAUGACCCCACAGGUAGUAAGGAGGAGGUCAAACAGGAGCUGAUUUAUGAGCUCUUCCCUUAUACGGAUAUAUUCGAUGAAGAGACACUCAAGUUCAGCAUUGAGUCCAAAGAAGAGCCAGGAGUGAAAACCAGUCUCUAAGCGGAAGAACUCUGCUAACCUUCAAAAUUCCUCGGAGUGACCAGUCCAGAUCUCUCCAUUAGUUAAAAUUAUGAUGAAAUAACACUCAGAAGGAAAGACCAGCACAUCUUCUAAAGAGUGUUGAUAACCCAAAUGUUGGGGGAAUUUCACAGCUUGAUCUAAGAGGCCAACACAGCACUCACAAGGCAAUUGUUCCAGUGGUCAGUAUCAAAUAAGAGAGCUUCUAAAGCUAUUUCUAGUUGUCAGAUUGAUGAUAAUGUUUCAAAUAACCGAUCAAAACAGCUUUUAAAUAAAUUCAAAAAUACUAAAGAGAGCCUGGCUAAGAGUUAUGCAAGAAGAGCUUCGAGAAUUAGGCAAUCAAAUCCUUACUCUAAAGAUAUGAAAAGUCUGAACGAACAGUCUAGAAACCAAAAGAACAGGGUUACUAGAACCCUCUUUAAUAACGCACUUUUGCAGUCGAUUAGGACUCCUAUAGUUUGCAAGUUUGAAAAUUUUGACCAUAUCUUCUACCAAGGUGCCAAAAAUGCAACAAAAUUGAAGAAGUCAGGAGCUGUAAAGAGAAGAAUUUUCCUUCAUAAAUAA